AUUGCAUGAAGGGAUGUUGGCGGACCACCCUCUUUGGUAUGCAGGAGGACCGACGUCACUGUUUGUGCUUAUUCUGGGGAAGAUGGCGGAAGCUGCGGCGGUUCCCCCGCAUCGGUUCUUCUGUCAUUGUUGUAAGGGAGAAGUAAGCCCCAAGCUCCCGGAGUACAUCUGUCCCAGGUGUGAGUCUGGCUUUAUAGAAGAGGUAACAGAAGAUUCCAGUCUGCUAGAGGGUGGCACUAACGGGACAGAUGACACAGCCACACAGUUUGCAGAGCUGUGGCACCUGUUGUUUGUAGAGAGGCCUUUCACAGUGGAUGGUGACAGUCCAGAGUCAGAGCCCCGGGUCCCUGGUGGAGGGGUUGGGGUAGGAUCAGGGGGGUUAGGUCUGGGGGGGCUGGGAGGGCUAGGAGGCCUGGGAGGAGGUCCUAUCGGAGGGUCAGUCCCUGCUGGGCUAGGAGGACCCCUGGGGGGUCCUCUGGGAGGGGGGGAACACUGGGGGCCUGGUCGCCCCCCUCGCCUACACAGUCAGCGGAGGUACCGCUCCAGAGGGAGCAGCAGACCUGACCGCUCACCUGCCGUAGAGGGGAUAGUACAACAGUUUCUGGCUGGUCUAUUUGCCAACUCUGGAGUUCCUGGCUCACCUCCCCUCUCUUGGACGGGGAUGCUACACUCUAACCCAGGGGACUAUGCUUGGGGACAGGGGGGACUGGACGCAGUCAUCACACAGUUGUUAGGUCAGUUUGAGAACACGGGCCCUCCUCCUGCAGAGAAAGAGAAGAUCUCCUCCAUACCUACAGUCAACGUGUCUCAGGAUCAAGCAGACUGCAGUAUGGAGUGUCCGGUGUGCAAGGAGGACUUUGCAGUUGGAGAGCCCGUCAGACAGCUACCCUGCAACCACUUCUUCCACUCAGACUGUAUAGUACCCUGGCUGGAAAUGCAUGAUACGUGUCCUGUGUGUAGGAAGGGGUUGAAUGGAGAAGACAGCAACACCCAGAACCCCCCAGAAUCCCCCUCUCUAAAUACGGACCCCCGCACACAGGAGAGAUGGUCCUUCUGAAAUACACCUCCCCCUCAUCCCUUCAUCCCCUUAUCGCACCUCUCUGACCUCCUUUUAAUCUCUCAUCCGUCCUUCAUUCCACUUUUUUGACCCUCAUUCCCCCCUUCUCUACGAACUACUGCACACGGGAGAUAAGGACUUUCUGAAGGAUAGACCUCCUCCAUCUCUGCCUCAUUCCUCUGUGUCAUUCCUUCAUUUCACUCCUCCUCUCUGAAUCAUCUCUUCAUCUACAGUCAUAGGAUGGUCAUCUCAGUAUGGCUGUUCCUGUCUCAAUGGCCCUGGAACCAUGUUCACACAGAGUACACACACACACACAUCAUGAUUCGGUAGACCCCCACACACACGUCAUGAUCCAUUAGCUGUCCUCUGCCUCAUCAUGACCAAGCACUUGCCUUUACCUCGCUUCAAACAUCAACCACAUCUCGCUUUUUCUACUCUUUUCUCAUAUUCCUCUUUUUCCAUCUUUCUGAAAAGCACUGCUGUAAAACAAUGUCUCUCCCUACCUCUCUACUCCUGGGAUGCAUCUCAAUAGUCUAGUGGCUUCCUUUCCUCAUCUGCACUGAACAUGGCGGAUGCUCACCAGGAAUUUGAUUUAGCCUUUCUAGCUCUGUCACAUCAGUGCAGAAAGGAGACCUCAUUUUGACUAUUGAGACGGGGCCCUCCACAAUCUACUGUCUUUUGCUGUCAUUCUGGUGUAUAUAUUACAAACAGAUUGCAUCUCUCUGUCAUUUUACUCUCGGUUGAUGACUUGUCUUUUGUUUCACAUUUCUAUCACUAUUUUUUUAAUGUAAAUACUUUUAGUCCAACAACUUCUGGUUUGAGAAGAGAACAACCAAGCAUAUUGAGAAUGGAGACAAAUGUGAAUCCCUGGGUAUUAGUCUGUGUAUAUUAUUAUAUAUAUAACAUGUAUGAUGUAUUAAUAAUUCAACAAAUAUUAAAAACCAUUAACAUUGA